AUGUCUGAAUUUCUCGGAUGCAGAAUAUCCCUGAUAUCGCGAAGCGAUAUCCGCUAUGUCGGCACCCUGCAUAGCAUCAACUCGGACGACUCGACCGUCUCGCUCGAGAAUGUGAGGUCGUACGGCACCGAGGGCCGGAAGGGCAACCCCGACGAGGAAGUCCCGCCCUCUGACCAGAUCUACGAGUACAUUGUCUUCCGCGGUACCGACGUCAAGGAUCUGCGCAUCGAAGAGGGCCCGGCUCCGAAAGAGACCAAGCCACCUGCCAUGCCCAAUGACCCCGCCAUCGUUGGUGCACGGCCUCGGCCCACGGAUUUGCCCCCCGGGCCGCCCGGCCCCCCUGGUCCCCCGGGUCCCCAAGGUUUCCAGGGCCCUCAAGGCCCGUUAGGCCAGCUUGGUCCGCAGGGUGCCGGUAACCAGCAAGGUCCUCCUCCUGGCGCCCCUGGUUUUGGCUACUAUCCUCCCCCCACGGGCGGCUGGGGGCGCGGACCUGGUCCGGCUCCCGGUCCAUUUGGCGGCAUGCCAUAUCCUCACCCCGGCUGGAUCCCUCCCGGCCAGGACUUCGGGCCUGUGAACCCUGGUCCCUGGGGCCCUUAUCCCUACCAGCCCGGCUUUGGUGGCCACCCCGGUGCUCCCAGUGCUCCUGGCGCCCCCGGCACUCCGGGUGCUCCUGGCCAGGGUCGCCAGUCGGCCAACCAAACCCCGAGCACUCAGGGCCCGACUCAAAAGCCCGCUCCUAUUGGGCCUUCCAGCGACAAGAAGUCCGUGACAUCACCCCCUGCUCAUGCUGAGCUUCCUUCUGAGCCCGCCCAAAGGCAGCCAGCGGCAGCCCCUGGUUCUGCUCCUAUCGAGCCGCCUAAGCCGGCCGCUGUGGAAAAGAAGCCGGCUGCUCCGUCUACCUCGAGUCCUGCUCCUGGUGCUACCACCUCUCCAACUCAACAAGCUGAUAACAAGGGCAUUCCUACCGGCCCCAAGAGCAGCCGCCCUAGCCAGAUCCUGCCUGCUGUUCCUCUGCCAGCUGCUCUAACCCAGAAGAUCGCUCAGAAGUCUCAAACCCCCGCUGCCCCAACAGUUCCUGAACCAACCAGCGCUGCUGCCGCGGCUGCGGCUCUGCGUGAUGCUACUCAGGCGGCCAAGGAAGCCGUGGCAGUUGCCAUGGCCAAGCUCGAUUCAGCUACCCAGCAGCAGACUGCUGCUGCCAAUGGCGUGGACAACCUGACCAAGAAGGUCGGCGAGAUGCACAUUAACAACAAUGCCCAACGUUCGGGUCAGCAUAACCGUGGCGGUCGUGGCCGUGGUGGGCGUCCUCACCAUGCUCCCAAGCCCGAGGUACCGGACACCGAGUUCGACUUCGAGUCUGCCAACGCCAAGUUCAACAAGCAAGAUGUGGCUAAAGAAGCCAUUGCUGGCUCGUCUAUCAGUGAAGGUACUAACGGUCAGGCUGUUACCUCUGAUACGGCGGCUGACGCCCCGACUUCAGUGGAGCCGGCCUAUAACAAGGCCAAAUCCUUCUUUGAUAACAUCUCCAGCGAGUCUCGUGAUCGCGAGAGGACCCGUGAGUGGCGCGGUGAAGAGCAACGCAAGAACCUCGAGACCUUUGGCGCGACGAGCAUCGACGGCGGUUAUCGUACCAACUAUCGUGGAAACCGCGGCCACGGCCGUGGUCGUGGCGGUCGCGGUGGCCGUGGUGGCUACCACCGUGGCGGCCGUGGCGGCAGCGGCGGUUAUCGUCCCCGCGACAACCAGCAGCAGACGGCUGCUCAGUGA